GGGGGAGGGGGGAAGAGAGAGAGAGGGAAUGCGCCCUUUUCCUCUCCCGCAAACCUGAAAGAAAAAAAAUGCAAAGUGUUCCAUGUGAGUUUAUUCUUGCUUUUGCAGAGAUGCUGAAGGCGGCCUCAGGGAGGGAAAUGCAAGAUUAAGGGAAAUCCUGCAAUCUCUUCCCCUAACUGAAUUAUUAGGCUCAUGAUUGAAGCGAUGUGCUCCCUGCACUGAGAAAUCCAGAUAGGUUAAUCAGUCCGCAGGUAGUGGAAUGGCAUCCGAAAUGUUUUCCAGAUCCUCUCCCCUUUGCACUGGGAUGGAGGCAGGUGCUGUGGAGUCACCUCAGGGACCAGUGACUUUUGAGGAGGUGGCCCUCUAUUUCACUAAGGAGGAAUGGGCCCUGAUGCAGCCCAGCCAGAGGGUUCUGUACAGGGAGGUGAUGCUGGAGAUUCUUGGGAUGGUGACCACCUUAGCAGGUUACGUCUGGGAGAGUGAGAACGAGGGAGCAGAGUUGGAUGUGUCAUUGGAAACGGCCAAGGGUCAGUAUUGUGGGGAGAACUUGGAGGGUCGAGAUGGAGCAAAGAAUCAGGAGGAGAAACAAACUCAGACGCAGGGGGAGAAAUCUGCCACUUGUCAGUACGGUGACACCCCAAAACAGCACACAACGUGCAGGGGAAAGAAAAGGAUCAAGUGUGCCGAGUGUGGGAAAGCCUUCAGUUGCCAGUCAGCAUUUAAUCUGCACCAGAGAACUCACACGGGAGAAAAGCCUUACAAGUGCCCACAAUGCGGAAAGAGCUUCAACAGGCACGACAACCUUGCUUCGCAUCAGAGAAUUCACACCGGAGAGAAGCCGUACGCGUGCUCAGUUUGUGGGAAAAGGUUCAGCCACAGUGCAAGCCUUACUUCUCAUCAGAGAAUCCACACAGGGGAGAAACCGUAUAAAUGCUUGGAGUGUGGCAAGAGCUUCAGCCGGUGUGACUCCCUUACUUCCCACCAGAGAAUCCACGCGGAGGAGAAACCAUAUAAAUGUGCUAUCUGCGGAAGGAGCUUCCGUCAGAGCGCAAGUCUCACUUGUCACCAGAGAAACCACACAGGGGAGAAGCCGUACAAAUGCCCGGAGUGUGGAAAGAGCUUCAGCUGGGAUAAGUCCCUUAUUGCACAUCAGAGAAUUCACACGGGGGAGAAACCGUACAAAUGCUUGGAGUGCGGAAAGAGAUUUAGGUGGAGCCGGCUUUUUACUGCACAUCAACGCAUUCAUGCUGGAAAGAAACUGUAUCCGUGUGCAGACUUUGACGAAAGUUUCUGCCAGAAUGCAAAUCUGUCUUCCUAUCAAAGAAUCCACCCGCUGGAAAAGCUGCGCAAGUGCUUCAUGUGCGGAAAGAGCUUGAGUCAGGACAGCUCCCUGAUUUUGCAUCAAGGCUUACACCCGGGAGAGGAAAUGUACAGUUGCUCAGAGUGUGACAAGAGUCUAUCUUGCAAAUCGUAUCUUGUUAAGCACCACAUAAUUAAUGCUGGCGAGAAACAGUACGAGUGCAGAGGAAGGUGUGGCACGAGCUCAGACCUUGCUUUCCAUCAAGCAGUUCACGCAAGGGAUAAAUUGUAUAAAUGUCUGGAGUGUGGGAAGAAAUUUGGACGGAGCGAUCACCUUCGUAAACAUCAGAUAAUCCACGCGAGGCAGCAGCAAUAGAUGUGCUCACGCAGGCGGAAAAUGUUUGGUUUUGGAGUUCUCCACACAACUCCAUAGAUAGCUAGUUGGGGGAAUCUUAAGGAAUGUCUGAGCUGUGGGAAAGUAUUGAUGGAGAUCACCUCUCCUUACUGAUUGAAGCCUCCAGAGGACAUGAGCAGAAUCAUACAAAUGCAAGAGGGAAAAAGAAGCUGUAUAAUACUGAAUAAGAUCUUUGGCCCGUUUAGCUCAUCAGUGGUGUCUGACAGCGGUUUUCCAGGGCUUCAGGCAGGGGUCCAUCUUGGCCCUGGAGAGAUCAUUGAGGAUUGAGCUUGGCAGAUGCUCAACCACGUAAGAACACAGGAAGCAGCUUUAUUUUGAGCCACACCUUUGGUCUAUCUAUUUUACCAGAAGCUGGUAAAAUGCGGUCUAGACAAUGCUACCAUUCAGUAGAUUUGUAACUGGCUGACGUGACCGAACCCAAAGGGUGCUCAUCAAUGGCUCCUCCUCCUCAUCCUGGAGAGUAGUGACUAGUGGGGUGCCACAGGGUUCUGUCUUGGGCCCAGUCUUAUUCAACAUCUUUAUCAAUGACUUGGAUGAUGGGCUUGAGGGCAUCCUGAGCAAGUUUGCAGAUGACACCAAAUUGGGAGGGGUGGCUAAUACCCCAGAGGACAGGAUCACACUUCAAAAUGACCUUAACAGAUUAGACAACUGGGCCAAAGCAAACAAGAUGAAUUUUAACAAGGAGAAAUGUAAAGUACUAUACUUGGGCCAAAAAAAUAAAAGGCACAAAUACAGGAUGGGAGACACCUGGCUUGAGAUCAGUACAUGUGAAAAGGAUCUAAGAGUCUUGGUAGACCUUAUGAGGAACGGCUUAGGGAGCUGGGUAUGUUUAGCCUGGAGAAGAGAAGGUUAAGGGGUGAUAUGAUAGCCAUGUUCAAAUCUAUAAAAGGAUGUCAUAUAGAGGAGGGAGAAAGGUUGUUUUCUGCUGCUCCAGAGAAGCGGACACGGAGUAAUGGAUUCAAACUACAAGAAAGAAGAUUCCACCUAAACAUUAGGAAGAACUUCCUGACAGUAAGAGCCGUUCGGCAGUGGAAUUUGCUACCAAGGAGUGUGGUGGAGUCUCCUUCUUUGGAGGUCUUUAAGCAGAGGCUUAACAGGCAUAUGUCAAGAAUGCUUUGAUGGUGUUUCCUGCUUGGCAGGGGGUGGGACUGGAUGACCCUUGUGGUCUCUUCCAACUCUAUGAUUCUAUGAUUCUAUCUAGCUCAGUAUUGCCUACACUGACUGUCAGCUGUUCUCCUGGGUUUCAGGCAGAAGAAGAAGAGUUUGGAUUUGAUAUCCCGCUUUAUCACUACCCUAAGGAGUCUCAAAGCGGCUAACAUUCUCCUUUUCCCUUCCUCCCCCACAACAAACACUCUGUGAGGUGAAUGAGGCUGAGAGACUUCAGAGAAGUGUGACUAGCCCAAGGUCACCCAGCAGCUGCAUGUGGAGAAGCAGAGACGCGAACCCGGUUCCCCAGAUUACAAGUCUACCGCUCUUAACCAUACACCACACUGGCUCUUUCCGAGCCCUGCCUGAAAAUGCUGAGGAUUGGACAUACUUUUGCACACACUAUAUAGCUCUACCUUUGGCCCUGCGAAACGCCUGCUUUUAUAUAUGUAUCGUCAUGUCUCUUCCAACAAGAACCUCAAAUGAACUUCAGCUCAAAGUACUGUCACAGCCUGGAUGUGAGGAGCAGAGCCUUGUUUGUGGUGGUACCACCGCAUCAUCUGACCCUUAAGAAAUCUAUACAGCUUCAGGGGACAACCCCCCCCCCCGUGUUUUUCCUUCAUUAUCUUUUUUUUAAUGUUUCUGGUAGUUCUCUGCUGCUUUUUUUCAAAGCUGUUUUAAAUUUUUAGUUAUGCUUUUAACUUUUUUUCUCGAUUCGGUUUCGCUUUAAUGGAUUUAGGAAUGUUGGCAUAAGAAAGUCAGUAAGAAAGUAGCUCAGGCAAGUUGAUAUCUUAAGCGUCGCAGUGUGUAAAUUUGUUAAAAUAAAUAUGAUCUAGUACAAUGUUUGCAGUUCUGUGCCUCUCCCUCCCACCCUGUAAAACCACCACCACCGGAAGGCCAGGCCAGCAGAACACCACAAAUAAAAAUAUAUAACAAGCACUAAGUAGAGCUAAAAACAUUUAUAAGGAGCCAGAUAUCCACACGCCUAAUAAUUUCAGGGAACAGUUUCUUUCAGCCAUCAAAUGCCUGGGAGAACAGGAGAGUCUAUAAAAUGCUCCUAAAUGUUGUUGACUUUGACUUGAUUUCUUACCUUUUCCCCAUAUUGAGAUCGUAGGAAGAGCCCGCAGGAUCAGCCCAAUGGCCCAUUUGGUCCAGUUUCUUGUUCCCACAGUGGUAAACAAAACCCA